AUGACGGGGCCCAUAGGAACUGGGGGUUUUGCCUCCUUAGGGCUUUAUGGCGCUGAGUCAGAGGCUACAAGGGCGGGAAGGCGCCAGGACGAAGAGCGACAGCAGUACAUUACAAAGAUCCCGUCUUCUUCUUUCCUCCGCGUGCCUCCAGAGCGAGCCGACAGGCUCACUGCAGCCGACGCCCUCUUUGCGGUGCCUGUCGCCGAGCAGCAGAGGCUGGUCGAGCGCUUCAUUGAUUACGCAGACCAGGUGAGGGGGACCCAGCUACACCUGCUGCGAGAGCACGACAGCUCUGCUGUUUCUGAGCGGUUUCUGCAGCAAAUCGAGCAGCUUCAGCGUCCCUUCAUUUCAGCGGAUGCAGCAGCAGGCGUUGCAGGGCCAAGCGACAGUAACGGUAACAACAGCAGCAGCAGCAGCACGAAUGGCACCAGCAACGACAGCAGCAGCAACGACGGCAGCAACAGCGGUGGCGGGUGCGGAAACCCGAAGUCCUCAUCCGUUGGUAGCAAGGAGUAUCUGCGAAGGCAUCCUUCAACUGUGAGGUUUCGUCUAAUAGAAGGAGGUGUUUCCUCCUUGCUGCUGGGCACCGGAGCUGGGGCUGGUUGCGGGUCUCAGGUGCAGGCACGGGUGUCUGCUGGGUUUCAAGGGGGAGACAGCGACGCCCUCACUCACGGUAGUAGCACAAUGAGCACCAGCAGGGACGGGGACGAGGAGGAAACCCCAUUUGUAUGUCAGCUGGAGAGCUUCUUGCAGCUGGCGGUGAAUGAGAUCGCGACUAAGGAGUCGAUGGGUUGGGAGGGGCAGACGGAAGCUAAUGCUGCAGCUGUACGGCUGAGGUGCCGCAGGGUUGUCAUGGCUGGGGCCCUCGUGCCUCUUGCCCUCGACGACACCCUCGUCAUCGAGCACAAAGUGACCCUGCGGAAAGGUGGUGUCUCGUCUGCCUCCAAGAAGACUGUGCAAGCCAACGGAAAGACCCCCGAGGGGACGCUUCCUGGUACACUUGACAUCUUUGGAGACACAGAGAGACUGCGAGACAUCCUCCAUGAGCACGCCUAUCAAGGCUGUCUCCGCGUUCCCGUCACCGACCAGUUCAAGGCACAGCGAGGAGGGAGACGGGGUAGUAUCUGUCAAGAGCUCGCUGCCAGCGUGGUCGUUCUGGCGAGGGCUGACGAGCCCAGAUGUCUCUCAAUUUUUUAUCACUUCAGAGAUCAACAAGAAGGAAGCUUCAUCAUUGACUCGCCAGAAUGGAGACAGAUGCAGGAGGCUCUGGCUCCGCUUCUGGCCUCGAGAGAAGUUUCGACCUUCAGAGGCCUCUUGCACACGCGGCGCGAGCAGACAGGGCUCUGCUACGAGUUUUUUGUUGUGCGCUACUCACGAGCCGUCUCCCCUGCGGUCUGUGUGAGCCUGCAGCCGGCGUUCACCCCGCUGCGUGCUCCCCGCGACACAUGUGACUGGGCCUCGCAGCUGGAUGGCAGCGCCGUGGUUCAGUUGGACCCCAAGCUCCAGGAGUUCGUCCCCCAACUCCGCCAGCGAUUCCUGACGCUCACAGAGACACUUGCAGCAAUUAAGGACUCUUUUGGAAGCCUCGAAGCAUUCGCGGAGGGCCACAAGCUCUUCGGGUACAGGUACCGAGAGUGGCUGCCUAACGCCAAGGCAGUGUAUCUCUUUGGAGACUUCAACAAUUGGGAUCGCGCUGCGCACCCUCUUCAACGGGAGCGCUGCGGGGUUGCGCCAUUCUUUUUUGAGGCCUCGUUGGGAGCCCUGAAGGGCACGAAGCUCGACAUGGCAGCUGAACAACGACCUGGCGACCCGCCAAGCUCCGUCUGGUCUAUCUUCAUACCUGACAAUCCCGAUGGGUCUCCUGCCCUCUCUCAUCGCUGCCGGCUGCGGGUGUUGGUGGUGCCUCGAGAAGGUGAUCCUAUAGACAGAGUGCCCAGCUGGUCCCGAGUGGUCUGGCGCAGUGAGGACUCCGGCCUCUUCAACGCAGUUUUGUGGAAUCCACCUGACAACGAACGGCAUGUCUUUCGGUUUCCAAGGCCCCGAUUGCCAGACGACUUCGCGCCGGCCAUAUAUGAGGCUCACAUUGGCAGCUCUAGUGGAGAGGAGGGUCGAGUCGGUACCUUCGUGGAGUUCACGCAGACGCUGUUGCCGCGCAUCAGAAACCUGGGAUACAACACUAUACUACUUCUGGACGUGGUAGAGCAUGCAGAUUUUGCUAGUUUCGGAGUCUACGUGACGAAUCACUUUGCAGUCAGCAGCCGUCUGGGGACAGUGGAGGAAUUUAAAGCCCUGGUGGACAAAGCGCAUGCGCUGGGCCUGAGGGUUUUGAUAAGCCUUUGUCACGCGCACUCUUCCAAGAACGUAAUGGAUGGCUUGGGUUGUAUAGAUGGAGGCGAUAACAGCUACUUCGUCAGUGGCCCUUCAGGAGUUGUAGAGGAGGCCAAGGUCUUUGACUUCUCAAAGACCGAAGUUUAUGUAGAUCUGCUCCUGCGCUUUUUCAAUACAGCAGCGAUGGUCUCUGAAUCAAACCUGUUUGCCUUCUACGUCGGUGCCGUCUUUGUGCGUUGGCUCGAUGGCUUCCGACUGGAAGGCGUGCCUUGGAUGCUGUACGACCAGCGCAGCGUGCUCCGCCAGCCGGACCUAUACGACUACUCCGCAUAUCUUAGCCGGGACUUCUGCGCCUCUGGCGUGUUGUACCUGUCCCUCGCGAAUUCCCUGCUCACCGCGCUACUGCCAGCCGACCAGCGCCUCUCCAUAGCGCAGGAAUGCACAGGCUACCCCACCCUGUGCCGGCCCAUCUCUCAGGGAGGGCUGGGCUUCGACUAUCGACUGGACAGCUCCCUCAGCCAAAGCCUCCGCCGCCUCAUUCGCCAGUCAGGACACCGGCAAGGACGCUGGAUGACUGCCCAAGUUCUUUGGGCCCUUGCCAGCAAGCCAAACACGGAAAAGGUGAUUGUAUCGGUAGAAGACGCGGACACCACCAGGUUUUGUAGGCGGCGGUUGAAGAUAGCGUUGUUUGCUUGGGAAUCUUUGCACACGCAUGCCGUUGGAGGUGUAGCACCGCAUGUGACAGAGCUGGCAGCGGGGCUUUCUCGACAAGGCCACGAGGUGCAUGUGUUUGUGCGCGCCAUGGAGUCCUGUGGCGGCUGCUCGGAGCACUAUGGCGUGAUGUACCACGAGUGCACAUUUGACUUAGACCGAGACUUUGUGGUGGAGAUCCAAAACAUGUGCGAAAGCUUCAUCGCGUGUAUGCUAAGCGUUGAAGAGGCAAUGGGAACGGAGUUCGAAAUUUGCCACGCACACGAUUGGCUCGCAGGCAGGGCCCUCAUUAGGGCCAAGCAAAUGGCAAGUCGUUAG